AUGAGUAGAAGAAAAUUUUCAACGCUAAGAGAGCUUGAAGAAUAUUGGGACAAUGAUCUUGAUUUGACAGAUGAUGAUGACCCAGGAGGUACUAUUGACAUAGUUGAAUUACCACCAGAUAGAGCGGAUGAUGUGUCUGAUUUAGAAGAUAUAGAUGACAACAUUCUGGAAGAUACAAUUCCAAACGAUGUUCCAGGUUCAUUAGAAAUUCUUGGCGAUGAUCUAGUAAAUCACAUCGUACAGCAAAGUGUAUCUUAUGCAACUCAAAAUAAUCGUCACCAAUUUACGCUCUCUUCAGACUGCUUCAAAAAAUUUUUGGGAUUUUUACUGUUAACUGGAUAUCACUCUUUGCCUCAAGAGCAGAUGUAUUGGUCAGAAGAAGAAGAUAUAGAUAUUGGAAUUGUAAGGAAAUGUGUGUCGAAAAAUCGUUAUAUUGAAAUAAAAAGAAAUCUCGUGAAAUUUCAGUGA